CCCAAUAAAAAUCCAAGCGUGUGUGUGGUACUCUCCCAGUCUCCCUCCAAACUUGUGGAGAUUCUCGCGUGAUGCGCGGAUCAAAAUCAUCCCCCGAUUACAUCUAUCUUAUUGACACGUGUCCUCUUUAAACAGCAGAACACAGCCUCAAACAUGCGCAUGAUUGCACCCAAUUCUUCCUACAACGAUAGACCGAGGACUUACCAACUGCGAAUCCCAAAACGGAAAGCCAAUGGUCGAGACUAGACUGUAUCAUAUCAGCCCCCUUUCUUUCAAUCCGGCGGCGGAUAAUCCACGGCGAUCGUCCCCUUCACGGCGUCUCUGUUCUUUCGCAGAGAAUAAAAUAUAAAUAAGCGUAACAUUUGAUUUUUUGUUUCUUGGUUAUAUAGGGUUUUGUGAAAGAGAUCAUGUCAUCGAUGAUUGAAACUCGAAGGCCAAUAACGCACACGAAAUUUCAACCUAAUUCCACCUCUAAUCUUCCUUAUUCCCAUGGCUUAUGCUUCUUCCGUUGCCGGUCUAGGGUUUUUCUCCAUCAUUGUUCGCAUCGUUUUAUUCCUAAUCCGACGUCGUUCCAUCCGGUAGUUUCUUCCAAACCACUACUGCAAGGAGGCGGAGGAGGGUCCAGUGUUUGGGGAGGAAGUUUUUUACGGAACAAGAAGAUUAGAGAGUAUAGAAUUUUAGCUAAUUGUGAAGAUAGUGAUUCCACAGCAAGUUCCAGCGAGAAAAGGAGUGAAAGCGAAGGCCAGAAGGUGAGUAAUAACCCGCCGAAUUCGGGGCCAAAGCAGAGGAGAGAGAAGCAAGGGAAGAGUCAAUGGUGGUGGUCGAAGAAACAGGGCUGGAAAUGGCAACCCUUGAUUCAGGCGCAAGAAAUCGGUGUUUUGCUUUUGCAAUUAGGGAUUGUUAUGUUCGUCAUGCGAUUGCUCCGGCCUGGGAUCCCUUUACCCGGGUCGGAGCCGAGGCAACAGACGACUUUUAUUAGCGUGCCGUACAGUGAGUUUUUGAGCAAGAUUAAUAGUAAUCAAGUGCAGAAAGUGGAGGUUGAUGGGGUGCAUGUCAUGUUCAAAUUGAAAAAUGAGGGGAUUAGUAAUUAUGAGAAUAGCGAAGUGGUCAAUAGUAAGUUUCAGGAGUCGGAGUCUUUGUUGAGGAGUGUGACGCCCACUACUAAGAGGAUUGUGUAUACAACUACUAGACCGAGUGAUAUCAAGACUCCCUAUGAGAAAAUGCUCGAGAAUCAGGUGGAAUUUGGAUCCCCUGAUAAGAGGUCCGGCGGAUUCUUGAACUCUGCUUUGAUUGCUUUGUUCUAUGUGGCUGUGCUUGCGGGUGUUCUUCACCGGUUCCCUGUUAGCUUUUCACAGCAUCCAGCUGGCCAAAUUAGGAACCGCAAGUCUGGGGGUACUGGAGGUUCUAAAGUGUCUGAGCAAGCAGAAACAAUCACUUUUGCCGAUGUUGCUGGUGUUGAUGAGGCUAAAGAAGAGCUGGAAGAGAUUGUGGAAUUUCUCAGGAAUCCAGACAGAUAUAUAAGACUUGGUGCUCGCCCUCCUCGAGGUGUUCUCUUGGUGGGUCUUCCUGGGACUGGUAAAACUCUUCUUGCAAAGGCUGUUGCUGGAGAAGCAGAAGUGCCAUUUAUUAGUUGUUCUGCAAGUGAAUUUGUAGAAUUAUAUGUUGGCAUGGGCGCCUCCCGUGUGAGAGAUCUCUUUGCUCGGGCAAAGAAGGAAGCACCAUCAAUAAUAUUUAUCGAUGAGAUAGAUGCUGUGGCAAAAAGUCGUGAUGGAAAAUUUCGCAUUGUCAGCAAUGAUGAACGGGAGCAAACUUUGAAUCAAUUGCUCACUGAAAUGGAUGGAUUUGAUAGCAACUCUGCUGUGAUUGUUCUUGGUGCAACAAAUAGAUCAGACGUCUUAGAUCCUGCACUUCGUCGACCAGGAAGAUUUGACCGUGUGGUUAUGGUGGAAACACCUGAUAGGAAUGGAAGAGAAGCCAUUUUAAAAGUGCAUGCUUCGAAGAAAGAACUCCCUCUUGGAGAGGAUGUUGACCUUAGUGACAUUGCAUCUAUGACCACUGGUUUUACUGGGGCUGAUCUUGCAAAUCUGGUAAAUGAGGCUGCUUUAUUGGCUGGAAGGAAAAACAAAGUAGUAGUGGAGAAAAUUGAUUUCAUUCAUGCAGUGGAGCGGUCAAUAGCGGGCAUAGAGAAAAAGACUGCCAAGUUGCAAGGAAAUGAGAAGGCUGUGGUUGCACGUCAUGAAGUUGGUCAUGCAGUAGUAGGUACUGCUGUUGCUAACAUCCUUCCUAGACAACCACGUGUUGAGAAGUUAAGCAUAUUGCCAAGAUCAGGAGGGGCAUUAGGCUUUACUUAUACACCUCCAACAAAUGAGGACAGAUAUUUGCUCUUCAUUGAUGAGUUACGUGGUCGUUUGGUUACUCUUCUUGGAGGACGAGCAGCAGAAGAAGUUGUGUAUUCAGGUCGUGUCUCAACAGGUGCACUGGAUGAUAUUCGACGAGCUACUGACAUGGCAUAUAAGGCAGUAGCAGAAUAUGGUCUUAAUCAGACGAUAGGUCCCAUUUCUCUAGCAACGCUUUCUGGAGGUGGGAUGGAUGAGUCUGGAGUUGCUCCAUGGGGAAGGGAUCAGGGCCAUCUUGUUGAUCUUGUUCAAAGAGAGGUAAAAGUAUUGUUGCAAUCUGCCCUAGAUGUAGCACUCUCUGUAAUUCGUGCUAAUCCUACUGUUUUGGAAGGUCUUGGUGCCCAUCUAGAAGAAAAAGAGAAAGUAGAAGGUGAGGAGCUGCAAGAGUGGUUAAAAUUGGUGGUUGCUCCAAAAGAGCUUUCAAUCUUUGUUAGAGGCAAGAAAGAGUCACUUCUCCCACAGCAGGCUGGCUUCUAGCAAUGUUUGCACAUUCGGCCCUUCAGUAUUGAGCAAAAUACAAAGUUUAUAGCUCUUCAUACCAGCAAAACCUUGUGAUUGGCUUGACCUCUCCCUUACAGCAUUGUAUACUUAGUUGAGGUAAAUUUUGGUUCAUUUUGAUAUUAACAGCCUAAAAAUACACAGUUGAGGAAAUCUGAAGAUUUAUUUCUUCCAGAUCCUUCUCGAUCCCCUUGCCAUCUUAAUGGCACCUUUGAUUCCUGCAGGUUGGUCCUUGAAAUUGUUCUAUAUUGGCUGUAGAGUUGGUACAGGUUUUGGUUGUUUGUAAUUGUUACUGUUAUUCAGUUGUAUAUAUGAUUAUUCAAUGAAAUGUAUCAAAUAUUUCAGAUA